GCUGAGCCCCAGCACAGAGUGUGCGUUGAUGGUGGACCGUUCCCGGUGAAAAACACCGACCCCCGGCCGCACGAAAAAAUGCCUCACCGUCGCGUGUGAACGGCGGAAAGUCUCGGAGGGACAGAGUCCGGUCUCCACACGGGUUUAGAGCCAAACGACAGCAGGAUGUUGCAAGUUUUAGCUUGUGGCGCCGUAGUUUUCCCCGGUCUGUUCUUCGCCUUCAGGAGGAUCCUGCCGUGUGUGUUCAAACACUGGAGCGAUGCCGACGUGGUGCUGGUCAGCGAGAGACUGGUGUCCUCCAUCCAUGCUGCCAUGGCAACCACAGCAGGAGUCAUCGUUGUGUCAUCAUGCCGGGGAAAUGUCAUUAAUGACAGGCACUGGCUGGCCACCUACUUUGUCAUCUGGUACGGUGUGCCCUACAUGACGUACGACAUCUUUGCCAUGUACCUCAGUCACUACUACCGCUUCCGCGUCAAAGGGCACGAAGACUACAAGCAGCAUUCGCUGAGGACCGUGAACUCGUUUGUCCGCAGAGAGUUCCUGCUGGUGCUGCAUCACAUCGCCCUGCUCACCAUCCUGCUGCCCGUCACACUGUUCUUCAGAAAGGACCAGGGAGAUUUCUUCAUCGGCUGCUUGUUCCUGACAGAGCUCAGCACACCCUUCGUCUCCAUGGGGAAGAUACUUAUUCAGCUCAGCCUCCAGGACUGCUGGCUGCACAAGGCCAACGGUGGCAUAGUGCUGCUCACCUUCUUUAUGUGCCGCAUCGCCCUCUUCCCCUACAUGUACUGGAUGUACGGCCGCCACUACGGCAUCCCCCUGUACAGCGUGCCCUUCCACCUGCCGCUGUCCACCAACCUGGGCAACUCGUGCAUCCUGGCGCCGCAGGUCUACUGGUUCGUCCUGCUCUGCCGAAAGGGCUUCCGUCUGUACCAGCGCAGCCGCAGGCCCGACGCGUCUCCGGCGGCCGCUGUCACUGACAAUUCUAAGGACGAUUGAUAUCCGCUCCCCGACUGCUCGCUCAAGCCGCACACUCAGCUACUAAUGCAACUCAACCCCACCAUUUGUACUGUAGUACACCAGGACUGCCUGCUCUUGUUCCACGACUCCUGGGCAUUUCUCCGCACACUUUAACUCCUCUGUUAAAAACCUGCUGCCUACGUGGACCUCUCCACCACCAGUCUACUACUGAAGUUUGGUAAUUUGGGUUUAAUUUUUUUAGUUUUUUUGGGAGGGGGGGGAUUUGGCUCCUGCCUGGAUCUUGUUGAAGUGCUGCACUGUGUCUGUCUACAUUUACAACACUGAAGAAAAAAAGGUCACGUGGAGCACCGAGAAACUAAAGAGGAGCUUCCGGGGAGAGACUUUAUCUUAUCUCUUACUCCUACUGUGUUUACAGCUGCUGCUGAUUGGGAAGGUCUGUUACAGUGUGUGUGUGUGAGCGGCUCUUACGGCAGGUUGUAUUUAAUUUCAUGGAUUUUUUGCUGUAAGAGUGUCAGAUAGCUGCUUUUCCUCUCCCAUCCCUUCACAUGUCACUAGAAGGUUCUGUGGCGGGUGGGCUGUGAAUUCAGGCAGUAUUAGCAGGAAAAAAAAAUAAAAGCUACGAGGACACAGGUCGCCUCGUCCACAUCUGAGAGAGAAAACAGCGACACUGUUUGCACCCCGUUAAUGUGAUAGACUGUUCACUUUGUUUCCCCUCACAGCAUGUCUCACAUCACCUUCCUCUCAGUUUUUGUUUUUAAUGAGAUUGAACAUUUUCACGACUUCGGUUCGACGCUAACCUCUACAGCCGUGUUUCCAUGACGGCCUUUCGUGCGUGUUUUGAAGCAUUGCAUUGGAGAAGGUUCACGGAAACGACAAAGUUCAGCUUUUUUUUGGCUCGCUUGAGGUGGUUUUUGACUUUUUCAACGGGAGAUGUUAACACCUUUUUCUUACAUUUAACUCAGCUGUUUAGUUGUUUUCACCUCAGGACGGCGGUAGUUGGACACGCUCAGAACCAACUGGCGUGAGAAAAAAACAACACUUUUCACAAUUCCUGAAGAACUACAUCCACUUUCCUCCUGUGUGUGUGCAACGUUAGGGUUUUUUUUUGUCUUCUUUGAGGUUUCAAACAACCGUUUUCCUGCUUCUUUUUCGUUGUUUGUUCCGGUGACACAUCGCGCUGCUGUUCGUCGACGCUACACAACCCGGUUCAUCGGCUCUAAAGCAGGUCGUGGAAACCAGCCGAAUUUCUUUUUUCUCAACUUUUUCGUGACAUUUCACAAGCUGGCUAUGAUUUCGCCUGUGGAAACACGGCUAACGUCCUGGCAAAUGAGGAAACCGAUGGUUAUUUUUUGCAGAAUUUGAAUGCAAAAAAAAAUGCAAGCCACUUUGCUCCCAAAGUCUGAAUAAUAAUAACAAUAUGAAGCCAUGAUUGGAUAAGAAAUAUCCCUCUAUUACAACAUGUAGUGUUUUUAAACUAGCUUACAGCCGAGUGGAACGAUUCUCAGAGUUCUGUUUUUGAACUCCUGCUGUGUUACUGUUUGUACAUGUGAGGGUGUCUUGAACACAAAAGUCCCUGUUUAGAGGACUUUUGAGCUGCCAGAGGUGAUGCAGGGCAGCUUCAAGCGUCUCUAAGGGUCACCUGUGGUGGUCGAAAGUCAGUCAGAUCUGCCUCUCAGACCACCGACGGGGAUCAUUUGGGGGGGAAAAUAUAUGAUAACGCAUAACGAGGGUUUAAGGUCGGAUGGUUCCCAACUGAACUCAGGGCCAAGGUCAGAGCAAUAAGGAGAGUGGUGGCUCAGCAGAAAGCACUUGAGCAGAGGACUGACAUUUCCGAGCAGUUAACCGCAAAGAAAGCUAAAUAAUGGAGGGUGUUGUUAGGAGGUGUGACCGCUGACAGCUCAGUUCCUCCGAAGGUCCAGAGAUCUAUAUGCACUUGUGUAUCACUUCACACAGAGCUGUAUAUACAUGCGACCGUUUUUAGAGCGUUACCUCAUGUUUUAGUUCCACUAGAAAGAUUGUUUUAAAACCUUCUGUAUAUCUUGACCUUGUGAUGAGAGAGAGGACCAUUUUUGUCAUGCAUAAAGACGUUUGUCUUAAAGGGUUUGAUGAAAGAAAGUCUCGUGCUUCAGUUUGGAUUAUUUCUCGAUAUCAAAGAAUAAAUGCUGCAGGCUUAGUUUCACACACAAUCUAAACCCUGGAGUUCAUUCAACUCCUUCAAUCUUGACGGUGGUUACGGAUGCGUUAAUGGCCUUUUCUUUGUGUCCUGUUAAGUCAAUCUAUGCAAACGAGGCUGCGGUGCAUGUGUGCGACGCUAACGUCAAGUCGAAGUGAUCCACGCCUCGUGUUAUGUUCUGGGACUUGAUCUCGGUCUCACGUCGCAUUUCAGUCUCAGAGCUCUUUGCUCGUUUCUCGAGUCUCCCUCACCUCAAGGUUUAAUGAAUUCAUAAUCAUGUCGUGCUGAAAAUCACUUCAAACUGAUUAUUACCCGUAUUGUUUUUAGUGCACUCGGACACGUCUGCAGAUUGCGUUAGCGGGACGUCACGACGGCGCAGCGGUUCACACUGUCGCCUCGUAGCCAGACCGUUCUGGGUUUGAACCCGCUGGCAUUUCUGUGAGGAGUCUGCAUGCCUCUCAAGACGUGUGGCGGGUUGCGGGGCAGGUACUGAUGACGGAUGGACCUAAUUGAUAACUAGCGCUGACGUGCUAACGGGCCUUUGUGCUCGACGACUGCACACAGCCCUGCCUGGAUUCACUGUCGCUGAACGUUUUGCUUCGAUUCCAAAACAUUUCCACGGUUUACGUCCUGAGAUGGUUUUACGUCGCCUGUUUCUUACAUUUUGCGUUACAUCACUUUUGCUGAGCGGGAUACACAACCAGCCACAACAUUAAAACCACCAGCCUAAUGUUGAGUAUGUGCUGCCGAAACAGCCAGAACCUCAUAAUGUAAUGAAAAAGAUAUCAACCAAUAAGGCAACAAACUGUAUCGGACCAUAUGUAGACCGGCUCUGUUGCAGCACCAGGUCGUGAGGAGUCACCGUAGUGACCCCAGGAAGUGGACACUCGGUCUACAGGCGGAGCGUUUUGGGGGUUUAGCUGGUGAAGCGACACCACGACUUGUCUUUUGUGGCGGGUAAUGCCUACCGACCAGCGCUAACAUACUUAGCUUACAGAGCGAUGCCCACUGUUGGUCCAUAGCUUACAAUCCGGCUGGGAGGCUGCUGUCAUUUCACCAGUUUGUGGUUUUAAUGUUGUGCCUGAUUGGUUUAGAGUAAAAUCAGCAAACUUAUCUUUAUCUCAUAAGCUAAAAUGAGCUCCGAUAAGCUCCCAGACCAAGUGAAGCUGAUUGUGUUGAAUCGGUUUCACUGCUUAUGAACUCAGCUUCUUGAGGACGUUGUUAAUUCCUAAAUGAACGGAUCAAAGUGACGCUGCUUCACGUUAGAAUCACUCUCAGCUGGCGCGCGAGGCCCAACCUGCAGAAAUUACUGUAAAUACUUUAACCCCCGAUUCAAACGGUGCUUCUCUUAAUAAAACGAGAUCCGUGACUUGAGUGUCGGGGAAAAGGUGCUGAGUCUUCCUGCUGGUUGCGGGCCCGUUUGCUGACCAGCAGCAGCGCGAGGAGAGCCGAGCUGCUGAAUGAUGGGCUUGUCCGUCCGGUUUGGCUGCAGCCCAGCAGAGUGCAGGCCUCCUCUAUCUGUGGCAGAUCAGGCUACUGUUACUGGAAACACCCCGUGCUCUUUGUCCUGCUUCCCUUCAGCCGAAUCCUCCUCCCGCUCUCUAACGGCUUGUAAAGACGUCUACAGUUUCACUUCAGUCAGUGGGCGUCACUUCAGUCAAGCGUCUAAACAAGACUCAGAAUUCAGAGUCGUUCCCAUCACAUCUGCUCUCUCCUCCGUUCAGUCCCUGUCCGAUGGCUGAUUUCGCUCUGCAGCUGUAGGAAGUUGCGGGAGUCGUCAGCAGCUCCCAGCGAGCCCUCCAUCCUCUCUGCCGCCACCUGUCGUCGGCUGCUCGCCCACUCAGCAGUUUACAGGCCGUGCUACUGUGCAUGUCUCCUAUGCAGUCGGCUGCCUCGAGAUGUACACGUCUCCGUUUCCAGCCGCCGUGACCUCACCCUCCACGAAAUGCACUGAAAACAGAAAACAAGACGGCACGCAGUCCGCUUUUAUUGUUCGUUAAUCAAGAAGUAAUGAUUCAAAACUUCAUCGUUUCAGCUGCAAAAAUCUGUCGCAUUUCGACCAGAACUUUUAUUUUUUUUGUUUGAUUUUGGGUGGAAAAGCUUUUAAAACAGUGUUCAUAUCAUCAUUAACUCCAGCGUGUCCGGGUAGUUUAGGCUUUGCAGACAACAUAGAUUUUCAAAAACACGCUUUAGCCCAGGAGCGUGAUUUCUGACGGCUCCACCGGACAGUCGGACAAACAGGAAACGUCUCAAAUUUAGCAGCCGGACGGAUGGAAGCAGCAGUCUGUAGGCUAACUUUUAAAAUCAUGGAGCAAAUAUUAAAAAUAUAUAUCUAACAUUCCACUACUUUCAGUGACGUUUUAUGCCCAUCAAAAGUUUUUUUUUUGUUCUUAUGAUUUUAACAGUUUUGUAUUUAAGCUUUUUAUUCUUUCAUUUCGAGGAAACGUGAGGGUGCUCGUCCACCAUUCAAGUUAAUGUCUUGCCCUCAGAUUGACUGAUGAUGGAUUAAUUAGAUAAACAAAACGAGGAAACAGUCGUCUGAUUGUCCUACCACGCCGACUUGAAGAGAGAUCGCCAGGGAAUGACAAGCCACAUCACUUCCAUUGCUAGGACUGUGGAUCACUGCCACAUGAAAUCAUUAAAAAAACAAAUCAUUUAGAGGCUGAAGACACGAGGAGUGCACAUAUCUGUACAUCACUCACUAGAUUCUUAAUGUAGGAAAUCUUAAAUUUAUCCUUUUUGCUCAGGGUUUGAUGAAGUUUGAUGAAAAAUCGCUAACAUACCGUAUGCGUGUACAGAGGUUUAUUGUGAGGUGGUGAUGAAACUGUGAGACUGAUUCUGGAGAUGAUCACAUCUAGAAUAGUAUGCUGUUUCUUUUCUGUAUGUGUUUUAAAGAAGUUUGUUUUGUUUUGUCCUUCUAGAGUUUUCUUCUAUUUAUGCUUCCUGACACGGCUUGUGAUACUUCAACUUGUAAGGGUUGGUAAACCAAAGACUGUCAGGCACUUUAGCUAACAGAGCUGUAGUACUAUGAAGAGGAAUUCAUUUGACUUUCACUACUUUAGACAUGCUGUACAUGAUUUGUCUUAAUAGCUAAGUUACCCACCUGUCACUGAAAAACCAAACCGCCCUCUGGUCUUAUCCUCUUUGUUUUGGUCCCAGAGAGCGACACAUACUGGGAUUUAGUGGAAGGAAUACUCACUUACCGGCUGUUUAGUUGAUUCUCCACUGUCAUGCAUAUAUGUAGUCAUUUUAGCAGUUUGGUUGUUAAUCUACAUUACAAUUACAUUUUUGGACUCAUUGACACUAAAACAAUGUGAUUCCUCUUUCUUGUAUGUAAGGUCUAAUCUUGUGACACCUCGUUAGUGGGAACAUGGACACCAGAAUUAACCCAUUUAAAACACUGGCUCUGUUGCUAAUGCUACGUAGCAUAGGCCUACACCGGAGUGAGCACAAGUCAGCUUCCACCGUUGAGUGAAAGUUUAAUUCUGUGCUAGCAUUUUAGCAUUACCUUGACUAUAAAUUGUUGAAGGACCAAUGCAAACGCUUUGGUGGUUGACUACAGUGUUAGCAAAGUCCUAUUCUUGCCAGCCUCAUGCUAGCAUUAUUUUGAGUGGGAGUUUAUUUGACGCAUAAACUUCUUUUAUUUCCAAGCUAACACUUUAAAGAGGGCUUAACAUCGUGCAUACGCUAUUUUAAGUACAUUAUUUAUUGAGAAAUCUCAUUAGAUGCUAACAUUUAAGCAUUAACUUUAUCUGAAAUUGUCGCACAGCAAAUGCUAAUGCUCUGUCCUUUACUGCUGAGUCGUAGCAAGUGUCUGGCUAACAUUGAAUAUUUGCUAUAUUGGUCCACUACAUGAUGAUGAUGAUCACUUUCUCUAAAAACAUUUUGAGUGACAGUUAAUUCUGUACUAAAGCUUUAAGCUAAGACCUACUGUGGGGCUUGGUGGUUGACUAAAACAUUGGCAUAGACCUACACCAGUUAGCCUCUUGCUAACAUUGUUUUGGGUGGGAAUUGAUACCAUGCUAACAUUUUAGCAUUUGCUUUAUAUUAAGUUGCUGCAGUCUAAGCUAAUGUGUUAUCCGACCCUGCUGAGCCACAACAAGCUUGAAGAUAACUUAGGCUAAAAUGUUAGCAGAGGCCUAAACGAGCACUAACUGUAUUUUAAAUUGUUGUAGACUGCAUGAUAAUGAGCCAACUCUUAAUAUGUUACGUGAUGUCUGACUAAAAUGUUAGCCCAGCCGUAGGUUUACUAUUAUGCAUGAGAGUUCAUGCUAUGCUAACACUUCAUCAUCAUUUUAUGUGAAAUCAUUGUCACAUCUAUGCUAACCACUUAUCUCACACUACAUAAAGUGAUAGCAGACUUCAUGCUAACACUUUAGCAUUGACCUACAGUCCACAGGAGAAUAUUUUCCUUCUUGCCAACUUUAUUUUAAGUGAGAGCACACUCUUUUAGCUAGCUCUUUAACACUAUACCACAUCUUGAGUGGCUGCAGGCUACAUGCUAACAUUUUAUCUUUUGAAUGAUUGCAAGCUCCAAGCUAACAAAGCAUGUCGUGGUAUCUGAUGGCUGGUGGCUAACAUGAUUUUCAGUGGGAGUACACGCCAUGCUAGCACUUUAGCAUCUAGCACUAUGUGUUGGGUGGCUGUAAGCUACAUGCUAACACUGAUGAGUGGCAGUAGGCUCCAAGUGAGCACUUAGAUAUUGCAUGAUAUGUGAUUUUAAACAUAAAAAUUCCAUUUAACACUUCAAUAUGGGUCAUUUCUUGUAAUAUACAAAACCCAGAAUUCAACAACCGUGGCAGGUUUCGGUGUCUAUGUUCCCACCAUUCAAUGGGUAAGCUAUGGAUUCUUGAGUUGUAAAUGGGAAAGAUGGGUUCUCUUCCGCUCCUGUCAUACGUUUUGUAUAAUUUUGCUGUUUUCUUGAUUGUCACAUAUCCCUUCAUGGCUGGUCCCUCCUCUGGGCAGUGCAGGAUUUGGGCUGGAGGUGGGGUAAAGUUUUAAACUUAGAUUGGGUUUAAACAUUUCGGCCUAAUGCUGCGUUUAUGUCGCGUUGGAUGAAUACAGGAUACGUUGGAUUGGGGGUAACUUGGGCCGACAGCGCUCUGCCGUUUCGACGUGAACGCGUCAUUAGGCUGACGAAAUGCAUUUUAUCAGACAGAUUGUGGAUGGGCUUGGAUUUGAAGCACUGCAAAAGCUGUGUUGCUGGGGCUGAUUUUGAUCUGUGGACAGUGAACCAAACUUGGUCUCCAGUGCCUUGUGAAAAAUCUAUUUGUGAUACCCACAAAACUCAGUACGAAAGAGCUAAGCUGGCAGGCAGUGUUUACAGGUUGUGGCUGUAUUUACCGUGUUUAUUACCAUCUACAUAUCCUUAAAGAGAAAUCAUGCUUUGGUGUUCACAGCAAUCAUCAGAAGAAAAAAAAAGAAGUCUCAUCGUUUGUAAAAAUCACAUAAUUUAAUUUAAACGAUCCGAAACGAACUGCUAUGCAUUCACUGCUAGACUGAGAGUAGACCUCGUCAUCUGAUCCUGUUGAAAUUAAGGCCUUUAUGCUCAUGUUUUCUAGUGUUUUACAUUUUAUAGCAUUUCAUCAACAAGUAAAACGAUCACAGUUUUGUUUUCCCAAAUGGAUGUGCAUCAUUUGAAGUUGAACCCUUUAAAGCGUAGACGUAUUCCAGGCUUGGAUUUGUUUGCUGUGUUUCUGUUGUUCCAGGUGGAUGUGUAUGUUUUGGAGGUUUGGAUUUUAAUCUCGACUUGCUGUCCAUAUCACUCACCGUUCCCGACUGACUUAAAUGCAGCACCUUCACAACCUUUAACACUUCCUGCCCCAUAUUAUUUUUGAUAGCAUUCUUAUUUUUCAUACAUAUAAAUAUAUAUAUAUCAGAUUUGAUGCAUCUGUCCUUUUUUGUAGCGUGGACCUUUUCUGAGGAAAUUUCCUAUCUGAAAUGAGACUGGACUGUUUUAUGAAAUAAUAAGAGGAGUUAUGUACUGUAGCUGCAACUUGUGAAUUCAGAGCACCCCUUUAAAAUUCAAUAAAUUUGAUUUGAUAGACUA